AUGAGCGCGGUGCAUUGUUCUGAUUUUCAGGUCGCCGAUUCGGAAACUAUCAGGCUGCCGACCCUAAAGGAACUGAUCGGCUAUCCUACGACUUACUAUGACGAUCGUACCACCACGACGUCGUCGUCCGUACUCUUGCACUUGCUGCGUAACGACGUGGACAACGACAUUAGCCGGCAGAACGUCGAAGAGUCGUUGAGAGGAGCAGACGAGUCGCAAGACGGCGAUAAAAAGAUCGCCCAGUUAUCGGGAGGCGUGUUCGAAGAAACCGGCGAUUCGUGGCUGCAGCAAGCCUCAGAGAACAAAGCAAGAUCUCGCGCUCCAAGAAUGGAAGACAUUGCAAACUUUGAUGAGCGACUUUCAGUCACAAACACUAUUCAGGGGGACGAAAAUAAUCGAAAGACGUUUACGACCUCGAUCUAUUUGAAGCCGACGACAAUGCGCGGCAUUCCACUUGCCAGUCUGAUUCGAAGCCCGGUAAUACAUGGGUUUUAUAUCACCAGAAGCGAUAAUAAUUUACCAUCGUCGAUAUUGGCGGAUAGUUCUACGCCAUCUUACAUGACGACCGACACUCCCGGCGAACAACAGCCGGAAACUACUUUAAUUUCUGAUAUUUCUACGACCGAUGAGACUGUCACUGUCGCUUAUAAUGAUCGGAUCAAAUCGGGACCUAAUGCUCUCGAUUACAACGUAAGUGAUAUCGUUAAUGACAAAGGCGACAGUCGCGAAGAGAAGUAUUCCACGCCCAGUUCUUCAGAGAUCUUCUCAAAAGAUUCUUAUGCUGAAAAUCUUUCGAAUCACGAAAAGUCUGACUUAAUUACAACUCCUAUCGACAGACCAGCAUCCAAAAGAGGAAAAUCGCGUAACUUCGAUCGUACAACGCCUCUUUCCAACUCUUAUGUCGCAUCCUCGACAACGCCGACAAGACGAAGAAUCGUCCUCGCUGUGAGCAGAUACAAUGAAGCCACUAGUCCGUUGUGGACAGGCAGACGUAUAGUGGCAAAGAAAAGAAACAGAACCACUGUCUCGCCGAUCAAGGAUGCCAUAAGACAAACUGAGAGCGAUUCUAUUCGUGUCGCAACGAGCACCGAGGCGUAA